AUGGAUGAAGCCGCCGGGGAGCUGAAGCAAGCGCUCCCGAAUGUCUGUGAGAACGUGCAGAUCCACGUGGAAGUUCAUCAGAAAUCGAACAGUGUGGCCAUGAAGGAAGAUAUCAGGAUGAGUGUCUUAAAGCUGUUGAACAGACAUAACAUUGUGUUUGGUGAUUACAAGUGGACAGAGUUUGAUGACAGUUUCCUUAACAGCAAUGUGAAGUCCGUGUCGAUUGUGGAUACAGAGCUGAAACUGAAAGACAGACAGCCUAUUGACUUGAGCAAAAGCAGUCUUUCUCUUCAUAUUUUUAAUCUGAAUGAAGAAGGACCAAGCUCUGAAAACCUGGAAGAAGAGAAUGAAGAUAUCGUUGCAGCUAACCACUGGGUGCUACCAGCAGCUGAAUUCCAUGGCCUAUGGGAAAGCCUUAUAUAUGACAGUGAAGUAAAAUCACACUUACUUGAUUAUGUGAUGACAACAUUACUAUUUUCUGACAAAAAUGUUGACAGCAACCUGAUAUCGUGGAACAGAGUUGUUUUGCUGCAUGGCCCUCCUGGAACAGGUAAAACCUCUCUCUGUAAAGCAUUGGCUCAAAAGCUGGCAAUUCGACUGUCAAACAGGUAUAGGUAUGGACAGUUAAUUGAGAUAAACAGCCAUAGCCUUUUCUCUAAAUGGUUUUCUGAGAGUGGCAAGCUUGUAACCAAGAUGUUCCAGAAGAUUCAAGAGUUAAUUGAUGACAAAGAUGCUCUUGUGUUUGUCCUGAUUGAUGAGGUGGAAAGCCUCACAGCAGCCCGCAGUGCCUUCAGGGCAGGCACAGAGCCUUCAGAUGCUAUUCGUGUGGUGAAUGCUGUACUGACACAAAUAGAUCAGAUUAAGAGGUAUCCCAAUGUAGUUAUCCUGACUACUUCAAAUAUUACGGAGAAAAUUGACAUGGCCUUUGUAGACAGGGCUGACAUAAAGCAAUACAUUGGACCUCCAUCUACUGCAGCAAUAUUUAGAAUAUAUCUUUCUUGCUUGGAAGAACUGAUGAAGUGUCAAAUAAUAUAUCCUCGACAGCAGCUCCUGACACUCAGAGAGCUAGAGAUGAUAGGCUUCGUAGAAAAUAAUGUGUCAAGAUUAAGCCUUGUACUAAAAGAAAUAUCAAGGAGAAGUGAAGGUCUUAGUGGCCGGGUCCUGAGAAAACUUCCUUUCCUAGCACAUGCACAUUAUAUUCAAUCCAGCAGUGUUACAAUGACAACGUUUCUCCAGGCUCUUUCACUUGCAGUAGACAAACAAUUUGAAGAAAGAAAGAGACUUGCAGACUGUGUGUGAUACUCUACUGUUUGAUAGUUGUCAGUUUUGUUAACACCGAAAACGACAUGUUUUUCAUGCAAACUGUGCGACUUGUAUGCAUCGGUGAAACAGAUUGUCGACACCUUAACCUGGAAUGCCUCAUUUAGUUUUUCAAAACAUUCAUUAAUAAACAAUUAAGAAAUUUCACAGC